UUGUUUUCUGGAUGCAAUAUAUCGUAGCCUUGUGAAUUGCCUCUGAUUGUUUGUGCUUGUAUGGUUCAGUCUUGAUCACUACCACCAUGACGCCUGAAUUGCAAUAGUAUCCGUUCACCUUUUCAUUCAUUCCUUGUAGAUGUAACUGACCAUGCCUCUUGCUGCUGCCGUACCAUCCAGGCAAGGGCAGCAAACAGUUCUUGCUCGUCUACACGGUCUUUUCCCCCAUUCUGCACCAGCAUCGUCAGACUCGACUGUUCAUGACCGACAGAUACCGCAGAUGCCGCCUACUGCGAAAUCGACAGUUCCUUCGCCAAAGUUUCUCAAGAUUAGGAUAUUAACAUGGAAUAUGCACGAUUCGGUCCCAAAGGGAGAUCUUGAGGAGCUGUUGGGCAAGGUUCCUUUGUACACGCCGGCAUCAUCUUCGUCAGCCGACUCCUUUCCUGUCUUGCCUGCGGACGACACCCAUCCUUACCACCUUGUCGUAGUUGCUGGCCAGGAGUGUCCUUCCAUGUCUGGCAUGCCCAUGGGUCUGGGCGCCGGUUUCAAGCUAAUUGAAAAGGACGACAAGGACAAGGACCGCUCUUCGAAGCACUCCGUCAAGGAUGAUACCGUCAAGUCGAAGAAGAACGCAGAGGACCCGCCACACGAAGCUCCCUCCGGUUGGACGUCAAUGGUAGAAGAUUGGUUAUGCCACGGUGGAUCCUGCAACAUGCGCGUGUCCUCGCCUACUACGAAUGAUAUCAGCAUGCCCAAACCUCUCACUCCACGCGUAACGUCCAAGGAGCCCCGGAAGGGUCCUUACCAACUACUCAUCAAGGAACGUAUGAUGGGCAUAUAUCUAGCUGUCUAUAUUCAUCGUGAUUUGAAAAGCCAUGUUGAUGGAACAUCCAAAUCUGCUGUUACGGCCGGGCUCAUUGGAGGGAGAGUCGGGAAUAAGGGCGCCGUCGGCAUUAGCUUGAAGAUAGAGGGGAUGUCUUUUCUCUUUCUCAAUUGCCAUUUGACGGCGCACGAAGGCAAAGUAAAUCACCGCCUAGCCAAUCUUGCUAAAAUCAAGUCCGAGCUUUCGGUAGAUGACUUUCUAUCCCAUACCGACGAACGCAUGAUGGCGGAAGAUCUCACGGACAAAUUCGAUUUUACCUUUAUAUUUGGCGAUCUUAAUUUUCGAUUGAAUAUUUCACGGUUGCAUGCCGACUGGUUGAUAUCACGGCAAGAAUAUGCGCAAGCACUGGCGUUUGACCAGCUACGAGACAUCAUGCAGAAGGAGCAAGCAUUUGUCGGUUUCCAAGAGGCUCCCAUAGAUUUUCCGCCGACAUUCAAGUAUGAUGUGUUGCGCACGUUGAAGCGACCGAAACACAGCUCUCGACCGGAUCGUUGGCGUGACAAAUCACAACCGCUCACUGAAGUCGAAGAGAAGGAGAAAGAACUAGACUAUGGAGAUGAUGACGAUGUGGAUGAAGAAGGUGAAGGAGAGAAUGCUUCGUUAUCUUCGUCGGCGUGGACAUCCAUGCACUCGAGACUUGUCACUGAGGGUGACGACGACGAGUUGGAUUCGCCAGUUGUGUCGCAGAGUACGACACCGGGGAGCAAAGUAUCAUUAUCUCUAGCUGCACACAAGGCGAAGAUAAAAUGGCUCUCCAUGCUUUCGCCGAGCAUUCCAGCAACUCCUGCUCGAUGGCUCAAGAUGAGACAUAGCCCGGACGUCGAGGUUAUGAAGAACCACAAACCGCACAGCUCGGUGGAUAUUGUAGGCGAGCUCAGGACGCCUUUACGGGAGGAGAGGGCUAUUUCGCUGGAUGGUAGCGAAUCACGACUGCUAAAGCCUCCGCCUUUGGGGAGAGUGAGUUCAACAAGGUCGAGUGUACCGAGCGACGAUGAAGAAGGCGUAGGCGAUGCAGACAAGGGUGUUUAUGACUCGUCUCACAAGAAGCGUGUCCCAAGCUGGUGCGAUCGCAUAUUGUGGAAGUCUACGGUCGUUCCUGAACCCGAAUCCAGGGAGGAAUGGCCGGAACCACCUUCAAGGGCACGGACGAGAAUGGGGCAAUUCUUUGCUCAUGCGUUCCGACCUCUGUCUGCUCGACGGAGGGAAUCGAGCGGCUCUCUGGCGUCUACAACUCCUCCCUCAACAGCGGAAUCCCGGCAAGCUUCUCGCGACAUUUUACACAAUACAUCACCAUUUUCUCGUUUUACGUCUGAGCAUCCACAUACCCAGGUACUGGAGGAUACGACCGUACCUUAUACCCCCUCGACUGCUCAGUUUCCUAUUAGAGAAACACCAUCCAACGACAUAGACGUACGGCGGCGGCAUUCUGUGGGCUCGACGAUUGAGCCGGCGCCAGCGCGACGAGCCUCUACGACCAACUCUGAACAAAACCCGUUUGCACCUCUGGAAAGGGCGAUUCGGGAUCACACGCAACGGAUAUCGCCGCCAUCUAGGUGGCGUUUCUUUCCGUUUUUAUUGCAUGGGACGAGUACUGUUGAGGUGGAGCGGGAGAGGGAGAGGGAGAGGGAGAGUGGGAGGAGGAAGGGCGAUGUUAUUUGUUUGAGUUAUGAUACGUUAGAUGACCGGGGGAUGAGGAAGUUGGAGGGGAGGAGUGAUCAUAGGCCGGUGAUUGGGUGUUAUGCGGUGUAUGUUUGAUUCCGUAUACUACUAACUAUAGAGGACGGUUAAUUACUGUACUUGUCAUAUU